AUGAUCAACUAUGAAGAUGAAGAGAAGAUAAAGCUGCUUCAAGAACGGUAUGGCCGGGAUAAAGAAUUUCCGGACAUUUACGAGGAGGAAGAUAGGAUCAAGGAAGUGAUGCUCAUCUUGAAUGAACCAAUCAGGUUCAGCUACCCAGCAGCUUGGAAAAUGGACCAAUGGAAAGGUGCCAUUCAAGCUGAGUGGAUAAUGAUGGAUGGAGCUGCUGUAGGCGUGCCUCAACACCAUUGGUCCACAAAGGGGAAGAGGUGGCGCCAUUCUGGUGGAGGAGAUCACUCACAUGCUUCACUUCCCAGCCUAUAA